AUGGAAUCGGCGGCAGAACAGCAAAAAAUCCCUUUCAAGGACCGGGAUGGCACGCGAGUUGUUACCACCGCUGCCGCCACCGUCGAGACCCUCCUUGAUGCCGAGCUUGAACAGAACAAAUCAAAGUUCGUCCUGCCAGAGGUCUCUCUUGUGGAUCGCCACGCCGAUGAGCCACGCCGUCUGAGAGUGACCGUCAUCGGUGCUGGUAUAGCUGGCAUCGUUGCUGGUGCCCUCCUUCCAGCCAAGGUCCCGGGCAUCGAAUUAACCAUCUUCGAGAAGAACGCCGAUGUGGGAGGCGUCUGGUUCGAGAAUGUCUAUCCCGGCGUCCGCUGCGACGUUCCGGCGCACGUGUACCAGACGUCUUUUGCGCCAAACACGCAGUGGUCCGAAGAGUAUGCCCAGGGCCCGGAACUCUGGGACUACUGGGCUGGCGUGGCGCGCAAGUACGACGUGUACAAGCACUUGAAGGUCUCCCACGAAGUCAAAGACCUCCAAUGGGACAACGGAAAGUCUGUAUGGCUGGUCAAGGUCUGCAAUCUCCAGAGCGGAGAGGUCCUUAUCCACGAAGCGGAUUUUGUUCUGACGGCCAUCGGACGCUUCAACGACUGGAGGCUGCCCGACUACCCGGGGAUCAACGAAUUCAAGGGACACAUCCGACACACAUCGAACUGGGACCCGACAUAUGAUGUCUCGGGAAAGAGAGUGGCAGUCAUUGGCAACGGGGCGAGUGGCAUCCAACUCGUGCCACACCUCCAGAAGAAGGUCGCCCGGCUGGACCACUACGCCCGGAGCAAGACUUGGAUAGCCGAGUCCUGGGGCGGGGAAUCAACAAAGAUUGAACGCAAGUUGAUAUCCAAGGAGCUGAGAGACUCGUUCCAGGAUACGGACGUCUACCUCAAAUAUCGGAAGAACCUGGAGCAGAGCCACUGGCGUUUCUUCCACGGAUGGCUCAAAGACUCCGACAGCAACAAGGAGGCGCGCGAAGCGCUCCUGAAGCACCUCAAAGUGCGCCUGGCCAAGCGCCCGGAACUCAUCGAGAGCAUGAUCCCGGGCUUCUCUCCGCAUUGCCGUCGGUUGACGCCGGGCCCCGGAUACCUCGAGGCAAUCAUGGAGGACAACGUUGAUUACAUCCAGAACCCCAUCAAGCGGUUCACCGAGACUGGCAUCGAGACGGCAGAUGGCACGCAUCGCGAAGUGGAUGCCGUCUUCGCCGCGACUGGGGCAAAUGUCGACGUCCUCCCUCCGUUUGGCAUUACCGCCAAGGGCAAGAGCAUCGCCCAUUUGUGGUCUCCGGAUGGAGAGUACGGGUUCCCGUAUAGCUACCUCGGCUUCGCGACGCCCGGGUUCCCGAACCUCGGCUUCAUUCAGGGACCCAACGGUGCCGGCCGCUCGGGCACGGUACCGCACAACGUAGAGGUCCAGGUCACCUACUUUGCCAAGAUACUCAGGAAGGUGGGCCGGGAAGGGAUCAAGACGAUGCAGCCGUCCAAGAAGGCCGCAGACGACUUCGUGCAGUACUCGGACGCGUUUUUCAAGAAGACGGUCAUGUCGGAAUGCAAAUCGUGGUACAACACCGAGAGGCCCGGCUCGAGAAUCCACGGGUUGUGGCCCGGGAGUGCGGCGCUGGUCGGCCUCGUCGUGAACGAUCCCAGAUGGGAGGACUGGGACUACGAGUACCUUUCGGAUACUGGGAACUCCCUGCUGGGAUACUUCGGCAACGGGUGUACCAAGUUUGAGACGGACCCGGAACACGACGUCACCAGCUAUCUGGUAGACCCGGCCAGCAUCGAUCUCAGGAAGCUUCACGAGGGUUGGUGGAACAUACCUUAG